AUGAAGGUUCGCCCCCGGAUGAAGGUUCGCCCCCGGAUUAAGGUUCGCCCCCGGAUUAAGGUUCGCCCCCGGAUUAAGGUUCGCCCCCGGAUUAAGGUUCGCCCCCGGAUUAAGGUUCGCCCCCGGAUUAAGGUUCGCCCCCGGAUUAAGGUUCGCCCCCGGAUUAAGGUUCGCCCCCGGAUUAAGGUUCGCCCCCGGAUUAAGGUUCGCCCCCAGAUGAAGGUUCGCCCCCGGAUUAAGGUUCGCCCCCGGAUUAAGGUUCGCCCCCGGAUUAAGGUUCGCCCUCGGAUGAAGGUUCGCCCCCGGAUGAAGGUUCGCCCCCGGAUUAAGGUUCGCCCCCGGAUUAAGGUUCGCCACGGAGUUCGCCCCCGGAUUAAGGUUCGCCCCCGGAUUAAGGUUCGCCCCCGGAUGGAGGUUCGGCCCCGGAUGAAGGUUCGCCCCCGGAUGAAGGUUCGCCCCCGGAUGAAGGUUCGCCCCCGGAUGAAGGUUCGCCCCCGGAUGAAGGUUCAUCCCCGGAUUAAGGUUCGCCCCCGGAUUAAGGUUCGCCCCCGGAUUAAGGUUCGCCCCCGGAUUAAGGUUCGCCCCCGGAUUAAGGUUCGCCCCCGGAUUAAGGUUCGCCCCCGGAUUAAGGUUCGCCCCCGGAUUAAGGUUCGCCCCCGGAUUAAGGUUCGCCCCCGGGUGAAGGUUCGCCCCCGGAUGAAGGUUCGCCCCCGAAUGAAGGUUCGCCCCCGGAUUAAGGUUCGCCCCCGGAUUAAGGUUCGCCCCCGGAUUAAGGUUCGCCCCCGGAUUAAGGUUCGCCCCCGGAUUAAGGUUCGCCCCCGGAUUAAGGUUCGCCCCCGGAUUAAGGUUCGCCCCCGGAUUAAGGUUCGCCCCCGGAUUAAGGUUCGCCCCCGGAUUAAGGUUCGCCCCCGGAUUAAGGUUCGCCCCCGGAUUAAGGUUCGCCCUCGGAUGAAGGUUCGCCCCCGGAUGAAGGUUCGCCCCCGGAUGAAGGUUCGCCCCCGGAUGAAGGUUCGCCCCCGGAUGAAGGUUCGCCCCCGGAUGAAGGUUCGCCCCCGGAUUAAGGUUCGCCCCCGGAUUAAGGUUCGCCCCCGGAUUAAGGUUCGCCCCCGGAUUAAGGUUCGCCCCCGGAUUAAGGUUCGCCCCCGGAUUAAGGUUCGCCCCCGGAGGAUCACCUCCGGAUUAAGGUUCACCCCCGGAUUAAGGUUCACCCCCGGAUUAAGGUUCACCCCUGGAUUAAGGCGGCUGUGGUACACACGCAGCACGUGGAAUGCAUAUAAUCAAAAAGCAGAAUUUCGAAGUGGCACAAGCAGAUGUGUGCGGUGGAAUGCGGCGCGGUGA